AAUAGCGAAGGAUAGAAAGAGAGAGAAAGAAAGAGAGGGAGAAAGAGAGAGAGAGAAAGAGAAAAAGAGAGAGAGAGAGAGAGAGAGAAAAGAAGAAAGAACGAAAGAAAGAAAGAAAGAAAAGGAAGAAAGAAAAGGAAGAAAGAGAACGUCUAAUAUGCGGGACGUCAUUGGGUCGAGCGAGCGAGCUCCGAGACAAAAUGGGGCCCGUUGAUCGGGCCCGGAAGAGCGCUGGGCUCCGAUCACUAACGGAGGUAUGGAUGUCAUCGGGGACGGGGACGAGCAGACCCUCCAGGCGAUUCUAGGUCGAGGCGACUUCGUUGGAGGAAUUGACAACGAAGCCUUUGACUUUUCGCAGUUGGAGGAUUUCAUUAACAGCGACAGCGAACAACCAGCAACAUAUUUCGCGGACACUCUCGCGGCAGAAGAAAACGGGAGUGGAACGACGAGUCAUGGCGAUCGAGUUGAAGCAACGGGUAGUCAGCAAACACCACAACGUUUACCUUCACCGAUCGCUCACAAUCAUGCUGUGUCGAACGCAUGUUCUUCUGGUACCACCGCUACCACCGUCCCAACCGGUACCGCCUACAAAGAUCCACAAUCGUACGUUCAUCCACAUCCGUUGCCAGAAAGUCCACCGGACAGUGGAAGCGAGCCACCAUAUUCUCCGCCUGGACACCAUGAUCCCCAACACGUUCACUCGCCACAUCAAAAGGCGGCUUUACAAGAAAUACUUUUACAUCACCAAGGUAAUACAUCCAAUUAUCCAGGCAAUUUGUUACCAUCUUCACCAAGAACAUUGGCCACAUCUACUGACCCCUUAUUGUUGACACAUCCGGUCUUAACUCCUCAUCUUACAUCAGGAACAACGAAUUUAUCGACUCAACAACAAAUUGCACCAACCUUAGUACCGUUGUCGCACGAACAUGGUAACGAUGGUAUUAACACGUUAUACUCGUCUCUUCAGUCAGCACCUAAAAAGAGAAAACUUAGUCAGGAUGGGCUUGUUCAUGUCAAACAGUCUUUGCAUAAGGAGCCGGAACUUGGUACGGUGGAACAUAGUUGCAGCAGUAGCAGUGCUGUUCUCGAUGGUGAUGAAGUUGCUGAUAGUAAUUACAUUGAUCCAAGUUAUCAAUGCAUACGAUUUCAUCCCUUUCAACAAACUUCUUGGCACGUACUUUGUGAUCAUAAUCUUAAAGAACUUCCUGUACCGCAUUACAGAGUCGAUGCGGAUAAAGGAUUUAAUUUUAGUAAUUCUGACGAUGCUUUUGUUUGCCAAAAGAAGAAUCAUUUUCAGAUCACUUGUCAUGCACAAUUACAAGGCGAAGCUGUAUUCGUACGAACUGGUGAAGGAUUGAAGAAGAUAAAUAGCUUUCAAUUACAUUUUUAUGGUGUUAAAGUCGAAUCGCCGACGCAAACUAUCAGAGUAGAACAAAGUCAAAGCGACAGAAGUAAGAAACCCUUUCAUCCUGUUACCGUUGUUUCCAGGGUGGAUUUAGGCGGCGAACGUGUUACGAAAGUAACAGUCGGCCGCUUACAUUUUAGUGAAACAACGAGUAAUAAUAUGCGUAAAAAAGGAAAACCAAAUCCAGAUCAAAGAUAUUUUCAUUUGGUUGUUGGUCUUCAUGCUCAUACAGCAGACCAAGCCAGUUAUCAAGUCGUUGCACAUGCAUCGGAAAGAAUAAUCGUUAGGAACCAGCAACAUUUUGUACAGGCAAGUAAUCCAGGACAAUUUGAAUCUGAGGGUAGUGGUGUCGGAGCUGAAGGAGGAUGGCAAAGAGGUGCUGCACCUGAUAGCGUUUAUCAUGCUGGCCGAGUUGGUAUUAAUACGGAUAGACCGGACGAGGCUCUUGUAAUUCAUGGGAAUAUGAAGGUUACUGGUCAUAUAGUUCAACCAAGUGAUGCAAGAGCUAAACAAAAUGUUCAAGAAGUGGAUACACGUGAACAAUUGAGAAAUGUACAACAGCUUCGUGUUGUAAGAUAUCGAUAUGCUCCAGAAUUUGCCUUGCAUUCAGGUUUGGGAAUAAAACCACAAGAAGAUACCGGUGUUAUAGCUCAAGAAGUACAACAAAUUUUACCGGAAGCUGUACUUCCGGCCGGCGAUAUUGUUCUUCCAAAUGGUCAAAGAAUUGAAAAUUUUUUGGUCGUCAAUAAAGAACGAAUAUUCAUGGAAAAUGUAGGAGCCGUGAAAGAACUUUGUAAAGUAACAGAUAGUUUGGAAACUAGAAUAGAUCAACUAGAAAGAAUAAACAAACGCCUUGCUAAAUUAAAAAGAGGCGACAGUCUUAAAAGUUCCGUCAGUACGGUAUCUAGCAUAUCGAGUAAUAAAUACUCAUCGCCUACUAAUAACAAAUCGUCUAUCCUUGGAAAAACAAAAAGGAUUGAAAGAGAGGACGAACUUUUAUGCAGUAAUAAAUUUAUACAAAUUAUUAUCGUUAUACUUAUAUUGAUCAUGGCAUUUUGUCUCGUUGCAAUGGCAACAUUAUAUUUUCUGGAAUAUCAGAAACGUAGUAGCCUCGAAUGGUCUACAAUGGCAAGUAAAGAUAUGCUGGCAGUGAAACCUGUUCAUCCAGCAAUGUUAUCAACAACUCCAACAUACGAUCCUAGAUUAAAUUCUUUAUUACAUAGUACAAUAUCUUCUUUAUAUACAAAACACGGUCCGUAUACGAGAGGUUUAGACGGUGGAUUAUCCUUAAAAAGUAAUUCAUUAACAACACAAACGCCUAAUACGAAACAACAAUUAUAUUCGCAAGAAAUAACUUCGUGGUAUCCGAUAAAUCAUUCGGGUCCACAACCAAAGCUCGAUAAAAAUAACGAAUUUCCUGGGAAUUGGUUGAGUAAAAACGGUGCAGGUGCCAUUCCUAGUAAUGUAGACGAAAAUGAUCAAGGAACAGACGUUGAUGCAAUAUCAAAUAAAGAUCCGAUUCCUUUAGGAAGACCAAUUGAUUGUCCUGCACAUUUUAGUGAACUCGAAAGUCCAUGUCAGAUUUAUUGUUGCUCUGCUGAAAUUCAUCAAUUGGAAGAUCCACAACCAGAUCAUCCACCAGAGAAAAAGUCUAUUUCAGAUCAUCUGGAGCAACCUUUAAAUAUUCAUGAAGAGAAGCGUAAAGUAAGCAAAGGUUUUCAAAAUGGCAUUAAUCCAUCUGAUCCUAGCACACAAACUCUCGUAAAAGAGAGCAAUUACAAAUAUCUACAUAAAAGGACAAAACGAGAUACUGUUGGUGCAGAUUGGGGAGAAGUAGCUAGUAACGCUGCUGGUUCUUUACCACCAGAACCUAAACCCCAAUUGUUUAUAGUUGCCAAAAGCUUUAAUGUCUCCUUAGAUCAACGAUAUUGCACUGCUGCCUCACCAAAUACUCCAAACAAUAUUAGUUGUAUUAUACCAUUAUCUAAACAUAUGCCUGAUAUGCAUCUUACGUUACAUUUUCUCGGUAUGCCUUGGUUUUGGCAAACGGUGCAACAAUGUCCAGUAUCAUCAACUUCUAUUGACGAAACAAUGGUAUGCGGUUGGACUUAUACUUUGCAACAACAACAAACACAAUAUAUUGAAAAUAACAAUCAACCAGGCGAUCAAUCUUUUCCUUUGGAUGUAGCACAUUAUCUCAGGAAAACGUUAAAAUUUCGUGUACCCACUGUACAACCCCAAGAAAAUAUCUGUAAGAAUCAACACGGCGUUGAUUAUUUAGAAUUCACAUUGCACUUUUAUCGGGACUGCAAUGAAUAAUUUUACAUCAUAUGAAUUAUGUUUUACCAUGAUAUAGAAAGAGUGACACAGAAUUUCAGUGUACAAUUCAAUCAAUCUCAACAGUAAGUGAUAAUAUUUACAAUAAACCUGAUUGUAAAUCUC